AUGAUGACGGGCACCCCGCUGCAGAAUGACCUGGGGGAGCUGCAGAAUCUCCUGCACUUCCUCCUGCCUGCCAUCUUCUCCAAGGAGACGUUUGAGAAUGUCAAGGACGACGACGCGGAGAUCGCCAAGCUGACGGCGCGCAUGAAGUCGCUGCUGGGCCCCUUUGUCCUGCGCCGGCUGAAGACGGAGGUGAAGAGCCAGCUGACGGAGAAGGCGCACAAGAGCGAGUUCAUCCCCAUGGCCCCGGAGCAGCAGGCGCUGUACGAGGCGGCGGUGGCGGCCUACCGGCGCCAGCUGUCGGCACGUGCCAUCAGCGCCGACGCGGGCGCGGCGGGGAUCGAGAAAUGGUGCAAGUCGGUGGGCGCGCGCAAGAUCUCCCACAUCUUCUCCCACCUGCGCAAGAUCGCGCAGCACCCGCUGCUGGUGCGCCACCACUACGACGAUGCGCGGGUGGAGGAGAUUGCGGCGCUGGCGCACGAGCGCCAGCUCUUCUCCGGCAACGCCACGCUGAAAAAGGUGCAGGCGGAGCUGGCAGGGUACUCCGACUACGCGCUGCACGUCUUCUGCUACAACGCCGGCCCUGAGUUCGACGCGUACCGCCUGUCCUCGGAGCACCUCUGGUCUUCCUCCAAGUUCCGCCUGCUCAGGACCAUGCUGCCCAAGCUGAAGGCCGCGGGCUCGCGCCCCCUCAUCUUCUCACAGUGGACCUCGGUGCUGGACGUCAUGGAGUGGCUCAUGAGCGAGCUGCAGCUGCCCUACGUGCGCCUAGAUGGGUCCACAGCCGUGGAGGAGCGCCUGGCCACCGUGGACAAGUUCAAUGGGAGCGAGGAGGUGUUUGCAUUCCUCCUCUCCACGCGCGCAGGGGGCCAGGGCCUGAAUCUGACUGGUGCGGACACGGUCAUCCUGCACGACUCCGACUUCAACCCCCAGACAGACCGUCAGGCAGAGGACCGCUGCCACAGGCUCGGCCAAAAGAAACCCGUGACGGUCUACCGAUUCAUCACCAAGGGAACGGUGGACAAGAACAUUUACAACAUUGCGCAGCGAAAACUGCUUCUGGAUGCAGGUGUGGUGGAUAGGAUUGGCCCACGUGGAAGGGAAUGGGGCGGGUUAGGUUGUGAGGUGGUCGCAGGUGCACCCGUGCACAGCUCUGCGAAUUUUCUAAGGCAGUGCUGGGACUCCUCUCCUAUGCCUCGUGAGCCUUGCCACAGCAUUCACUCUUUUGUACAGUGUAAAGCCUUCCUAUAA